AUGGAUGCUGGUCAAAUUGAAGACUUAUCCUUUAGAAGUUUACUUGAACAUCAUAAUAUGAUUCACCAUGGAAAAGAAUUAAGUGCGAAUAUCCAGGAUGCGCUAAGGUAUAUUCCCGUAAAGUGCAAAUAUCCAGAAAUUGGUGAUAGAAUUGAUGAUGGUGAUAAUGACCUGAUGGUAUUUGAUCAAAGUAAUACUGUUGCUACUCCUACUACUGUUAAUAUGUCUAAUUCCUGCCAUUAUAGUUGGUAA